GCCCGUAGUAUUGGCUGUGCUGUGUGUGUCUUGCAGAAAAGCCACAGGAGCAGGAGCAGUGCACUGUGGCAGAACCAGCAGAACCACAGAAUUAUGUAGGCUAGCCAGUCCGUGAACUUGCUGCGGUGUAUUUACAGAAGUAUUCUGUAUUUGUGAGACCGCUGGCGAACUUGCGUGGAGUAAAACAUAACAAAUACUGAGGAUAAAGCUGCAGCAUGGGCGCUUCAGCAACGCCGGUCACCUUAUUCACACUUUUCUGGCUGGGUGUGGGCGGCGUGAUUCCGUGGUUUGUGCCGAAGGGGAACAACCGCGGGCUAAUCCAGACAAUGAUUGUCACUACUGCUGCCCUCUGUUAUACAUUCUGGCUGUGCGCAUACAUGGCGCAGAUGAAUCCUCUCAUGGGACCCCUUCUGAACAACAAGACUGUCAUCAUCAUGCGACAUGAAUGGAUGUAGAAAGCUAUAUGGGGAGCCAAUUACCUGCUGGCCUGAAAACGUCUCGUGCUUCAAUCAUUCCCAGGAUUUAAGCAGCACCGUUGUGUGUUAUACCAGAUGUUUAGGAUUAAUACUCUUUUGGGACGUAAAACCCCAACAAUUAUUAUUAUUAGGAUUAAUACUCUAUAGGUGUAAUGCAUCCUACGUACCACAGCUGUUCCCUUUUUUUCUGUACCAAUUCUCUCUUUUUCCAAAACCGCUUCCUCAGCUGCUUUACACAUGGUUUCAGAAGUUAGUGGACAUCAGUGCCAUGUAGUGAAAAAAAAAAGAUCUGUUAUUGCAUUUUUACACACUUGCUUCACAAAAGAAUGUAACAGUGGAUAGUAUUCUGUGUACUCUACUGAUCGUGUUGUCUUCUGCUGUAUUCAUUUAAUACAUCUCUCAUCUUGUUGCAUGGGAACAGCCAUAAUUGGUAAUUGUGCUGUGACCUCUUUACAUGGUUUCUCAGGUUUUCAAAGCCUGCUCUAAGCUCAUUACAUCACACUAAUGAUAUAUAUUAUAGCUGCCAAUUAACAUUGAUAGACAAAUGAAAUAUGAACAAAUUAGGGCUAACUAAAAAAUGCUCGUUCCUUUUUGUUUUGGGUGGUACGCUUAUUGACGGCAUGAUUUCAGCUACCAUACUUAGUGUGAGGUAGUACAUGAUUUGAGGUACACUUACCAACUAGCCCAAUCUCAAACCUUGCUUUAAUGUGAGGCCCUAACACUUUCUGGCAAGUGCAGGAUUGUGCUCUCUUGUUAUCGCUUGCAGAAGCUGUUCUACUUUGUAAUUUCUUGUUCACGUUUCAUUUGUCCACGACUGUACAUGCAGUUCCCAGUGAUGAAGGAAAACGGCUUACACGAUUUUGCCGGAUAAGUACUGCUACUAUCCAAGCCUUACUGCUUGCAUCACAUAUUGAUGCCUGCAUGCCAUACUUGGUUCCAGUUUAGCUGAACAAAUUAAAACACAGUUCAUGUUCAGAGUGUUGCAACAAAUUGAGAUUCAUAAACUCCAUUAUGUUCUUUUGUUAUUUCUUUGUACCUGAUAUUUUUUAUUGUUUGUGCCUGUGUGUAGCAGCAUAUCGUCAUGCCACGUCAACCCCCCUUUUUUCUUGCAUGCUCUUGCAUAUGGCCUGCACUUCCUGAACAACUUUAUGUCAUGAUUCUAGUCACAAUUAGUAAUAUAUUUACUCCUUCAUGUCAGUAAAUUGACUUGUGUACUAAUAAAAUAGGCUUUACCCUGCAAUAGA